CGUUACUCUAUUCUAUCCUCCGAUGGAGUCAUCCAGACACAGAGGGACUAUUUUGGGCAACAUCAGCAUCUCCUACACAGAAAAGAUCUGACAAAACUAAUAAAUAUUUUACUUUUUUUUUCAUGCAUAACUUUGAUUCAUGUUUUUUUUAUUUUCAUUAUAUUUUGGAGGACCAUUUGGAGAAAAAAAAGAAUUUUCUUUGUGCGUAAUAGUCUAUUUUGAUUGAAUGAAUGACGUGGAGCUGACUGGUGGCAUCACCUACUCAUUUUUUCCCCUAGAUAGACUUUUAAUCUCUUCCAUGACAAGAGAUCUGACUCUUUAAGCAUUUUUGAGGGAAAACUACGAAAUAUUUGAACCAGCUUUCUGUAAAAGACGCGUCCAUUCCUUUUUCUGGCGGACACUUUGCUGUAAGAAGCAAAACGACUUUAAUGGAAACAUGACCAAAGCUGCGGAAGAGCCGGUUCUCCUGAAUGUCCUCCACUUGCUCCCGCUGCUUCUGCUCCAUGUCGCACCGGUGUGUCUCUCUGCUCAGCACGGGCGUCCGGCGCGCUACUCCGGGCACAUAGCCGAGAAUUCCCCGGCUGGGACGCCGGUGGAAGGGGUCAGAAUCCCGCUUCUGAUCGCUGGCUGCCCUGGUGCGGAUCCUGACCAGAGCCUGUCUGGAAAUUACGCUUCGGAUUUUAAACUCGUGUACAACAAUGAACACCUGAAUCACCUGGUUCUGGUCUCCGCGAAGCCUUUGGACCGAGAGUUUAUAGCGAUGUAUGAACUAAAGGUUGAGCUGUCGCCGAGGUGUCAAAGGAGACCGGCAGCCAUCCAGGUGGAGGUGUCGGACAUGAACGACAAUAUACCCCGGUUCACUUUCGGGAAUAAGACCGUCCAAGUAGACGAGUUGACUCCUCUUGGGACAGAAUUGGCUCGCUUUGACGCAAAAGACGGAGACGCACAGAGAAACGGACGUGUAACUUUUUACGCGUCACCUGAGUCCAACCUGCUCCACGUGGUUCCACAGACCGGACAGGUGCGGCUCGUGGGAUCCCUCCUGGGGGUCAGCCAAGUGAUUCUACGUCUGUACGUGAAGGACGGCGGAGAUGUGACGCUGAUAGGUGAGCCCGUUUACCUGAGCGUCAGCGUCCGGAACUCCAGCCGAGCGCGGCGCAGGGUCCGAGCUCUGUCCGAGGAUCUGACCUACUCGGUGACCGUUCCAGACCACAUCAGAGUCGGGGAUCUGGUGUUCACGGUACCGGACCAGAAGUUCGAGCAGCGGUGGUUCGAAGUGAUAUCCGAGGCAGACUCGCCUGUUCAGAUUGAAAGGGACUCCGGGCGUUUGUACUUGGCGCGCGACCUACGGGAGCCUGCGGAGGUGGUGGUGAAGAUCCAGAACCUCAGAGGUGAUGAGUGGUACCUGUGCAGGUUGACUCUGAGCACGCCCAGCCAGGCUGACUUGCAGUGGGCGAUGUUUCCAUCACCUUUCCUGGCCACCAUCAGUCCUGAUGCCUCUCCUAGUUCAGUAGUCUAUCGACUAUCGGCACGGCAACGAGACGGCACACUGGAACAGGCCCAGUUCCUUUUACUGGAUGGUGGUGAGGACUGCUUUGAGGUGGACCGUCGCUCUGGCAUGAUUAAGAUCACAGGACGACCUCUGACUCCAAGCAGAGAGUAUCUGCUGCGAGUCCAGGCAGUAGACGGUCGAGGACGUAAAGGCCCUCCAGCCACCGUUUUCAUCCUUGCCGGAUACCGACCUCCACAAUUCACCAACUCCACCUACAGCCUGAAUGUGCCAGAGGACACACCUGUUGGCCAAUCAGUUGCUGUGGUUCAGGCCAUCUCCUUCCAGAAGAAGAGUCUAUCCUACAUGCUGCUGGUUAAUCCUGGAAAUCUGUUCAGCAUCAACCAGGAGAGCGGAGCUGUCAGCCUCACCAGAACCGUGGACUACGAGAGCGGACACAACCUCCAUAAUCUGCAGGUCCGAGCCUCGGAAGCUGACACGGGACUCAGCAGUGUGGCAGAGGUCGUUGUUCAUAUAAUGGAUAAGAACGACUGCACUCCGGAGUUCCUUCACUCCAUCUACACCAGGGAUAACAUUCCGGAGAGUGUCGCACCUGGAACCUCACUGCUCCAAGUUCUGGCUCGCGACUGUGACUCAGGCGUGAACUCGGAGCUCUCUUACUUCAUUCCAAGUGGAGACUUUGACAUCACAUCAGAGGGUGUGGUCAGCCCCGCCCGUCGCCUCAACUACGAGCGACCCAAUCACAUCUACGAGUUUGUUGUCGUUGCCGUGGAUUCGGGAGCACCUCCUCGCACCGGGACCGCCUCCGUCCGCGUCCGUGUUGCCAAUAGCAACGACGAGGCUCCGGUUUUCUCCCAGAGCGUCUACAAGACCUUCCUCAGUGAGGACGCUGGUCCGGACACACUGGUUGCUAUAGUUCACGCCAAUGACCCCGAUGGAGAUGGCGUGUCUUACGCCAUCACCGGCGGCAAUGAGGACAGCAACUUCCAGCUGGACAACCAGAAAGGCAUCAUUAAGCUGCGACGUAGUCCCCCUCCGAGACUCCGGGGUCCCCAGUACGUCCUCAACAUCACUGCCACUGAUGACAAUGCUUCUGGAGGUCCGUAUCCACUCAGCAGCUCUGCACAGGUCAUCGUUGGGAUCAAUGACAUCAACAACAACAAGCCGAUAUUUAAGGAGUGUCAGAACUACAAUGCAGCAGUGCUGGAAAACCAGCUACCAGGGGCGUUUGUCCUGCAGGUUCAGGCCCACGAUGCUGACAUGGGGGUCAACGGAGAGGUUAAAUACGGCAUCAUGCACAGGGACGGAGUCUCAUCCGGGUUCGAGAUCGACACUGACACCGGUGUGAUCACAACAGCGGUGAGUUUUGACCGGGAGCGCCAAAGGGAGUUCACACUUUCCGUGACAGCUACCGAUCAGGCUGAGGAGCCGCUCAUCGGAAUCUGCCAGAUCACAGUGCUGAUCUUAGAUGAAAACGACAACGACCCCAAGUUUGAAAACAGCCGAUACCAAUACUUCCUGAGAGAAGACACACCAGUAGGAACUAGUUUCCUGCGAGCAGCAGCCCAUGAUGACGACCAGGGGAGCAACUCGGCCAUAUCCUACUCGCUGUCAUAUCAGAAACAGUCUUACCUACAAAUCAACCCCAGUACUGGUUGGAUUUAUGUCAAUCACCCCAUCUCACAGACUUCGAGGAUUAACCAGCAGAUCGUGGCUUCAGAUGGAGGAAGCCGCAGCAGUUCUGUCGAACUAACUGUCAUCAUCACCAAUGUCCACAACCAGCCACCACAGUGGGAGCAGCUGGAAUAUUGGGUCACCGUGCCAGAAAACACCAUCCGAGAUGCCAAAAUAGUGACCAUCAAGGCGACGUCUCCGCUGGGUGACCCACGUGUGACCUAUAACCUAGAAGAGGGUCAGGUGCCUGAGACCAACAUGCCGGUGCGAUUCUACAUCAAACCAAACCGGGCUGAUGGGUCAGCGUCCAUCCUGGUGGCCGAGAACCUCGACUAUGAGACGACCCGUUUCUUCACUCUGAGGAUUCGUGUGCAGAAUGUUGCCGCCGUGCCUCUUGCCUCCUUCACCACCGUCUAUGUAAAUGUGACAGAUGUCAACGACAAUGUUCCUUUCUUCCUGUCCUCCACCUACGAGGCCACGGUUCCUGAAGGAGCCCAGAUUGGCACGUCGGUAGCUCUGGUGUCGGCGACAGACCUGGACUCUGGUCUGCAUGGAAUGAUCCACUAUGUGAUCCUGAAGGAUGAGAGCGGGGACUCUCAGUACUUCAGCAUCGACUCACGCAGCGGCGUCAUCAUCACACGUGCUUCUUUUGACCGGGAGCAGAAAGCCUCCUACUUGAUCGAGGUGCAGUCGCAGGAUGGCUCAGAGUCCGCCCGACCAGGCCAGCAAGGCCAGCUGAAUACAGACACGGCGUACGUCAGGAUCUUCGUCACUGACGUCAAUGACAACGCGCCGGCGUUUGCUCAGCCGGUGUACGAAGUGAGCGUGGAGGAGGACAAGGAGGUCGGCUUCGUCCUCAUCACGGUCACGGCCAACGAUGAAGAUGAAGGUGCCAAUGCAAAGCUGCGCUACCAGAUCACCUCUGGAAACAGCAUGGGGACGUUCGACGUGGAGCCGGAGGUGGGCACUAUCUUUGUGGCUCAGCCUCUAGACUAUGAGAUGGAGCAACGCUACGAGCUCCGGCUUGUUGCUUCGGACGGGAAGUGGGAAAACGAGACGUUGGUGGUGGUUCAAGUGGUCAACCGCAACGAUGAGGCGCCAGUUUUCAGCCAGACUGAGUAUCUCGCCACGGUGAUGGAGGAGCUCACCCAGCUUCCUGUGUUCAUCCUGGAGGUCUCAGCUACAGAUCCAGAUCAGGAAGCCGACCAGUCCGCCCUCCGCUACUCCCUCCACGGUCAGGGUGCUGGUGGUGAAUUCACCAUUGAUGAACACACCGGGAGAAUUUAUGCUCAGCGUCGCCUCGACCGCGAGGAGCGACCUGCCUGGAGAUUUCUCGUCCUCGCCACAGACGAGGCAGGAUUAGGACUUACCGGAUUCGCUGAUGUGCUGUUAGAAGUUAGAGACAUAAAUGACAACGCCCCCUUCUUUCCGUGCCCGGCUUUUGAAGUAGAUGGAUGUUUUGUUGGCCAGGUUCCUGAAAACUCACCUGCUGACACCUCCAUUAUGGAGAUGCGUGCCAUGGACUUGGAUGACCCCAAUGAAGGCAGGAAUGCCGUGCUCACCUACAGCAUCAUCAAGAACAUUCGCAAUGAGAUCAACCUCAACCUUUUUUCCAUAAACGCCACUACGGGGACCAUCUACACUGUUCUACGUUCUCUGGACCGGGAGACAGAGGACAAGUAUCUGGUAGUGGUGGAGGCACGUGAUGGAGGAGGGUUGUCAGGAACAGGGACAGCCACCGUUAUGAUUUCAGAUGUAAAUGAUCACCCACCCAUUUUUACACAGAGGUCCUACACUGCUCUGGUAACCGAGGACCUUGAAGUUAACAGCGAAGUUCUUGUGGUUUCUGCAACUGAUGGAGAUGAGGGCGAGAAUGCCGUGGUUACCUUCAGCAUCGUUGGUGGAGACGAAGACAGAAAGUUCUUUGUGGAGACGGACAAAUUAAAUCGGCGUGGCGUCAUAAAACUUAAGAAGGGGGUUGACUUUGAAAAGCUUCAUGAGAGGACUUUCAAUCUGACCCUUAAGGCUGAAGACGCAGAUUUUUUCAGCUUGGCCUACUGUCUGGUUCAGGUCGAAGACUCCAACGAUCAUGCUCCUGUCUUCUUUCCACAGUUCUAUGAGUCUCCUGCUAUGUCUGAGGAUGUCCCUGUUGGGACAAUUGUCACUCAGGUUACAGCAUCAGACCUGGAUUCAGGGCAAAAUGCCCACUUUUCUUACAGUAUUUCCAAAGAGUCUGACCCUUAUAACCAGUUCCUCGUGGACCAGUCAGGCUGGGUGGUAGUGGCUCAUCCUUUAGACAGAGAAAAGAUUGCCCAGCACAGGAUCAUGGUUCUUGCGACAGAUGCUGGUACUCCACCCUUGACUGGCACAGCGAUCGUCAUGGUAACUGUACUGGAUGUUAAUGACAACGGACCUGAGUUUGAGGCUCCCUACAAGCCUGUUGUUUGGGAGAACACGGCUGCUCCCCAGGUGGUCCGAAUGAAUGAAACCUCCCUGCUACUUCAUGCCACUGACCGUGACACAUCCACCAAUGGUGGCCCGUUCUCCAUACGUCUCCUCAUGCUCACUUCAGAUGCCACCAACUUUAAUUUGACUGACUUUAGGAACGGAAGUGCAGUCAUCACGGCCCUCCGCACCUUCGAUCGUGAGCGCCAAAAGGAGUACCGCCUUCCAAUUCUCAUGAUUGAUGGUGGCUUUCCACCAAUGAGUUCAACCAACACACUGACAGUUGUCAUCGGUGAUAGGAAUGACCAUCCACAUUCACCUGGACACACACACUUCAUUGUCUACAGCUAUGAAGGUAUCCUCCCGACGACGGUGCUCGGACACAUUCAGUCCCCUGACCUUGACGACUGGAGCGAGAAAGUGUACCGGUUUGAAGGCAAAUCAACCAGGUUUUUCAGUUUGAACCAGAGCUCGGGUCAGCUGCUUAUCAGGGAGGGGACUCCCCCAGGCUCGUAUCACCUGCAGGUGCGCGUGUCAGACCGCACCUGGCCUGACGUCAUUUCUACCGCCCAGGUAGACGUGACGGAGCUGCAUCGGAGUGCCUUGCAACAAGCCGCGUCCAUUCGUCUGACUAAUCUGACAGUGGGGGACUUUUUCAGAAGAGGUAGCGGCGGCGAGGAGAGUCGGUUUUCUCGUCUGAGUCGAACAUUGGCUGAAGUCCUUCAGACGCUGCCAGAGAAUGUUCAGAUCUUCUCUGUAGGCGAUGCCGGCCUGAAGAUCAAUAAAGCGCUUAAUGUUUGGUUUGCCGCGCACGGCUCUCCGUACUACAAGGCAGAGAGACUGCACGGCUAUGUGGCUGCAAACAAAGAUAAGCUAGAGGCCAUGUUGGGUGUGUCCAUCUCUCAGGUGGGCGUAGACGACUGUCCAAACACAGACUGCAGUCAAUAUGGAGGCUGCAGCAGUCAGGUGUCAUUCAGCCAGGUUCCAGUGGCUCUCAGCUCUGGAAACACCUCUCUGGUGUCGCUGUUGGCCUCUCUGUCGAGGCAAUGUGGCUGCAAGGGCCGAGAGUUGAUCCACCUGCCCUGCUCCGCUCACCCCUUCAACCCUUGCCUCAAUGGGGGCACCUGCCAGGAUGGCCCGCUGGGAUACCGAUGUAAGUGUCCUCCCAUGUUUGACGGGCCCGAGUGCCAGCAGACCAAGCACAGCUUUGGUGGCCAGGGUUACGCCUGGUUCCCUCCCAUCAGGCCUUGCUUCCAGAGCCACAUCUCCUUAGAGUUCCUGGCCGAGUCGUCCAACGGGCUGCUCCUCUACAACGGGCCGCUCGGCCUCGUCCACUCUGGAGAGCUGGAGGACUUCAUCGCUGUGGAGUUGAGAAAUGGGGUUCCAGUUCUGAGUGUAAACCAUGGAUCUGGAACACUGACCCUCCAGCUCCCACCUAAAGCCACCAUCAAUGACCGACGCUGGCAUCGCCUUGAUAUCAUCAGCGAUGGAAAAAUUGUCCAGCUGAUCCUGGACCAGUGUGCAGGGGUGGCACUGAAUGAGCUGGAAGGUGCUGGAGCAGAUGCCAGAGAGAUCGAUGAAUCUGGCUGCAGAGCUGCAGGAGAGACACCUGGGAACCAGAGGUAUCUAAAUGUAUUCCAGCCUCUUCAGCUGGGCGGAGCGAAGGAAAUGACUCCUUACCGACGGUACCGAAGUUUCACCGGAUGCAUCCGGAACCUCAUUGUUGACAGUCAGGUUUACGAUCUGGCGUCUCCAGGUGAGAGCGUGGACAGCAUGCCAGGUUGCAGGUUAACAGAUGGAGUGUGUGUGACGAUGGCCGGCCCUUCGUGUGGCGUUCACGGCUCCUGCCUCGCCGACUGGGGCUCCUUCAGCUGCGAGUGCCGUCCAGGAUUUACUGGACACAAGUGUGAUAAAGCCGUCCCGGAGUUCUCCUUCGACUCAAACAGCGCGGUUCGUUUUCAGCUCAGAGGAGGCAGCAGCUCCAGACGCACCAACAUCCAGCUGCUCCUCCGGACUAGAUCCACGUCUGGGGUCCUGCUCUCAGUAGCUUCCCGGGAUGUCAACGAGUACAUUAUCCUAGAGAUCAUUGAGGGUCACAUCUCGGCCCGUGCCAACCUGGGCGACGGCUCUCACUCCCUGCGACUCUCCGGUCACCGAGUGGACGUCGGGCAGUGGGUCCUGGUCAGCCUCAGUCGCCAUGACAACAUGUUCACCCUACGACUGGAGCAGGGAGGCGGCUCGCGGGAGGUGCAGGCUCAGCUGGGGAGCCGCAGGGAGCUGGUGGUUCAUCCAGCGAGUCUGAUGGUUGGAAACCGACCAAACUCUGGAGAGGCCGACUUUCAGGGAUGUCUGCGGGACGUCCGUUUUAAUGGUCACGUCCUCCCGUUGGACGGGCAGAGUCGAGAUUUGGUGACGAUCCUGGAGAGGCGAGGAGUUACCUCCGGCUGCUCGAGUGACGCCUGUAGCAGCCAGCCGUGCCGCAGCCCGAUGCGCUGCAUCGACCUGUGGAGGAAACACCAGUGCAAGUGUCCUGGCACUCAGGUGACGGUGACAAGCGACGCCGGCCAGCACCGGUGUGUGCCGUCGCCCUGCGGACCAUCCUCUUGCCGUAACGGCGGCGUGUGCCAGGCGCUUUCACCCGACAGUUAUCAGUGUCAGUGUCAAGAGGGUUUCAGGGGUCAACGCUGUGAACUAGGACAGGUCAAAGGUCACCGGUUAACUGCCCUCAGUGCCAGCUCCAUCCUUGCCAUCAGCAUGUGUCUGCUAGUCUUCAUCGUUGUGUUAGUGGCAGUGACAGUUUGGAACCAGAAAGGAAGCCGAAACAAAUUCAGGAAACGGGGAGUUUAUCAUAUUCCUGCUGAGCACGAGAGCUGGGAGGACAUCCGAGAAAACAUCCUCAACUAUAACGAGGAAGGAGGAGGGGAGCAAGACCAGAACGGUUAUGACAUCACAGAGCUGAAGCGUCCCUUGUGCUCCAGUUUGUCCCAGUCCUCCUCCUGCACCACCGCCCCGCUCAUCAAAUCCUCACCAGGCUCCCAGGAAGAAGUUCAUCCGUCCAGCUCCUCUUGUAGCUCGGGUGCUCCCUACCUCAGCAUCCCUCAUCACCACCACCACCACCAUCAGCACCCAGUCAGCCCCAACUACAACAGCGGCGCCCCCUACGCCAACCACACCUCUCACACAGGUAGAGACACAGAGGCGAGUGACACGGGCAGCUAUGUGGACGCCCCGGCUGGGUCUCGCUCCCAUGUGGACUUCAAAAGCUACGUGGCGCGAAUCAUUUGGGAAGCAGACAAUGACAUCGAUGCGUUCCCGCCCGACGCCUACCACGUCUGGUGCAGUGAGGGCUCUGGGUCCUCAGCUGGAAGCCUCAGCUCCCUGGGGUCUGCAGUGUCCUGUAGAAAAAUCCCUCCAGGCGAGGAGGACGACGAAGAUGAUGAAGGAGGUUUUGUUUAUGACAGGUUGUCACGAUGGGGCCCAAAGUUCCAGGCUCUGAGUGAGAUGUAUGACCGGCCCCAGCUGGCCCUCACAUACGGGGACGCAAUAGCCUACAUACAGAGUAGUCAGAGCCAUGACCCACCCACUGCCAAAGCACCACUAGGGGGAGCCACAGAGCACUGAUCACCCACAAUGUGAACAAGGGUGCUGCAUUCACACCACACCUGUGCAAAUUUGACUAGAAUGUUUGUAAGCCAUAUGAAAAUCACCUGCUGGUCCUAAAAUUAUUUUAUAUGAAAAGUUCUAGGGCUGGGCGAUACAAUGAUUUAUCGUGAUAUAGACCGAUAUCGAUUGAUAUGAAGAUUAAUAUCGUGAUGGGAAUUUUCUCCACAUCGCCCGGCCCUAAAAAGUUCUAUGGGAUAAAGAACAGAGACGACGGAAAGCAAAGAAAGCUGGAGAGAGUUUGAUAAAUCAUAGUUUCUUACAUGAAUAAUUGAGAAGACUGACACAAAUACCAAUUAUCAUGUAAAUUUAAAUAUUAAUUGUAUUAAAAACGAUCAUGGUGGUGCAACAAAUGUUAAAUUAAACAUAAAAUAAACACCUCUGUUUUCAAAAGAUUGGUUACUGACUAAUAAGUCCAACAAGUUGCAUUGAGGAGUAAAUAAUAAACCAGAUUAAAGAACAUUUAAAAUAGCUAAAUGUCAAAGAUGCUCAUCUAGGUCAGUUUUUUACGUGAAGUCUUACUUCUAAAGCUCUUUUAAUCAGACAUGUGAAUGCAGCAGCUCGUCUCUCACAUGCUCACAAUAAUUCAAAGACUUUCAGGGUCGGAGGAUCGUCGCGUUGUCCUCUUGUUUCUGUUUGUUGGAGACAGGUCGGUUUUCGGAAACUGAAAGAGGAAAAAAAGCACAAAGAACUUGUUUCUGGUUCAUUUAACAUCUUUACAAAGUAAUAUGCCACCCAAGAUUAUUUCUUCUUUUAUUUCUUUCCUUUAAAAGCAGCUCUUUGUGCUGAAGCUAUUCAAUUUUUUAGCAGUUUGUGGGCUCCGCUCGUGCAAAAACGAACUUUCGAGGUCGAAAGAUUAUGUUUUUCAGCAGAAAACGUUCCAUUAAAUUAUGUGAAAGCAUUCAGGGUGAGUGGAGCUUUGGUGUGGAAGAAUUAUUCUGGUGUGCUUGAAAUCUCAGACAGCAUUAGGGCCUUGAAGAAGACUCAAAGUUCUCCUUAAAGAACAUUUUUAUCAAAGUUUGGGGGGGGGUUUUCUACGCAGACGGUUUGAAUUUCAUCUCAUCUUUGCAGCUCAAUUAGAAAAUCAACCCCCUCCACUGAAAAAUCCUCCCAAGUACAGCACUUUAUUUUGCAGUUUUCUUUCCUCACUAAAUAAAUGUUCAGUUCUGUGCAGUCAAAAUGUUUUAGGUUAACGUUUAAUACCUAAAGACCAGCUUUUAAUUCCUAUUUGUAUCUUUCUAUUGCACUACAAAACGAUCCUUUAUUCUGGAUGCAAGACCCGAUUUAGAAAACAAAAUCCUUUGUGAGCUCAUUGGGUGGAAUGCUGUUUUCACCUCAGCUUUUCAAAAUAAGAGAUUAUUUUUCUACGUGCUGUUAACAUGAUGUUUGUGUCACUGACUGUUUCUAUUUUGUUUUUACCAAUAUGUUCAUCUGUUACCUGUAUUUUAAUUUGUUAAAGGCUGCUGGAAAAUGAACAGAAGCACCUCCACAUAGGUGUGAGAUUUUACAGCUUUCAGUUGAACUUGAUGCACGUUUAGCAGCCAGACGGCAGCAUUUUCUUUUGUAAAGAUUUAUAUUUCUUUAGUGGGACCAAUUUUUUUUUUAUUUAAAUAUUUCACUUUUUAACAGAAGCAGGUCUAUUUGUCCAAGCUUACUGACUCACCUUUCCUCCUAUAAUUAUGGUACACGUACUCAAAAAACAACAACAAAUUCCCAAACAUGAAUAAUAUAUGGUAUUUCAAUUGUUUACAAGACUGAAUAUUUUCUUUUAUUUUCUAAAUGUAAAGGUUACAUUCAGAUUCAAAGCGGUAAUUCCGUACUGAACAAAAGCAGAAUGCUGUGCGACAUCCAUCCAAUCAAGAAGCUUCACAAAGAUCAUGUGACAUUUCCUCAGGAAAUAGAUGGUUGAAAAAGCAACAAGCUGCAUUUAAAUAAGUUUUAAAGCUAGAGUCCAUAGAGUGACGUCAUCAGGAGGAGAUUUUGAAUUCGGAAUGGCUGUAAGUUCCACCCCUGUAGCUCCUCCCUUUCUGGGAGGAGCUGAAAGCCACGUCUUUUACCGUGCACAAAACGCAAGUAGCCUUGUAGCGCUAGCUGAAAAGUAACAAUUUCAGUAUGUCCCUGCUCAGACACCUGAUUCUAAAUGCUGAAUUAUCUCCUCAGCUUUUCUCAGGUUCUGCUGAUUACUCGUUUUAAUCAAAUCUGCAGCGUUCAAGCAGGGACACAUCUACAACAAGCAGGAAUCUGACACUCGUGGUGCUAGCACACCCCUGCUAAUCACAGACGCCAUCUUGGAUGGGUCCCCAUUUCUACGGUGGAAGGUGUUUACCCAAAUAAAAACAUUUUAUUAGACAGCUAUGUGGUGUGGCAUGAUGAUUAAAAUAUAAAGAUAUUUGAAAGAAAUAAUUUAAAAUAUAAAAUCUCAACAGGUAGGCUAGAAAAGUCAAUAGUAAUCCCACAUGAUCUGUUUUCAAUAAUGCGCCUGUUGUUGCAACCAUAGGCUGGGUUCGCAGCCCCACCCUCAGCGCCUCCUCUCUUCCCUUUUAUAGAAUUGUCUGGGCUGGACGGAACCUGUGACACGGUCAAAAUGGCGGUGGUGGCCACCUCCCAUUAUGGACAAAAAAUGCGUUAUUGGAGCCUAUGGAAUCCGUUUGUCCAGUAUGUACAGUCUAUGGUUCGGAGAGUGAGAAACCCACCUAAUAUGGCGACGAUGGUGUUAUACCCUCCAACUUACUCCUCCAACGAGUAGAUGAUGAUCAUGCCCAAUGGUGCGUCUACAUAUUCAUGUCUAUGCUGCUAACGCUACUACAUGCUAAAGCAAUAGUCUGACCUAAAGUUGAACGCUACAUUAAUUAUUUAGCUCAAACACACAAAAGAUAAAUCCAUUUUUGUUCCCUUCCAACAGUUAGCUUGAGGUUUACAGACUGACAGUAAUUCAAUUUAGGUUGAGUUAGCGUUGAAGCUAGCUUGGUGUGCUAAGCUGACUGAACUGCCUGUGUCUCCCCGUAGUGCAUUUUGGGAAUAGGGAGUAUUGUUUUUGCCCGACAGCUCCUCUUGAGCCUCUGUAAAUUCAGUGGUCAACUCUCUAGACUUUAAAUAGCAGAACAGGGUCAGAUAGUCAGAUGUAAACAUCUUUGACGUUACUUUAAACAUUUUACACCAGCUACGUAACCCAGCUUUAAGGAUCUAAAUGCAUUUGAGAUACUUUAAUCUUGUUUCUAGACAUUGACUCAAAAAACUACUUUAGUUCAUUUAAAAACAUAAAAAGCAACCAUUUUAAUUAUUUUAACUCAUAAAGUGUGUCUAUGCACGCUGACAGAGCCUGAUCACAGUAAAAUUGUUCUGUUUUUUUCCCACUACCUGCCUGUCGGUAUUCGUGUUAAACAAGACACCUGGUGGUCUCCUAACAGCUUUUUCAUGACUCAGCUUCUGUAAAUUACUUGUUUAAUCAAGGCAGUAGCCAUUUGUUUUAGCUGCAUUAAAGCAGGCUGCUUUAUGGGACAGUAAAUAUCCAAGCGUCUCCCUGAAGGUGAGAUAAAGAAUAAGACGAGUAAGUUGGAUCAGUGACCGCAACAAAGCAGCCGUUCUUUUUCUUCUUAUUUAUAUUUUUUAUAUAUAUAUAUUAAAAUGAGGGACAGUGGUUUAUUUCUUCUUUUGUUUCCCCGUAUGCCUUUCAGCCAAGCAUAAUUUUUUGUCACUCUGCCUGAUGAAUGUAGAUUUAUAUGGAGAGGCCUAGAAGACAACAGGUAUCUGAAAAAGCAAAAGUACAAUCAUAUUAAAAGAAAAACUCCUAAUAACAGCUUUUAAUGACAAGUCAAUCAUCAUUAAAUUGGUAAUGCAGACUGCAUUCCAGUUCUUUCCCAGACACACAUACAGAGCAUUAACUUCAGUUGAAAUCAGUCUAAUGUUUUUCUUUUAGAUGAAUGAACAGAUUUUUAUUUUCUUCUGGUGCCUGAAGAAAAAACAAAUCCUGUAUUGAGCCCUGAAAGAACUGCGCUCACAGCUAUGCAUCCACGCAGAAUAAUACAGGUGUCCUUUUCUAAACUGAUGUGAAGCAGAUGUUGCGUGACUUCUGGCCUGCACAGCGUAUUCGGUGACAUCUGGUGUAAAUCCAGUGCUUUUAAAGCAGCGUACAAUGAGUGUCGAUGUGUUUUUUUUUUUUGUUUUUGUUUUCAUUUAAACACAUUUGUUGUCCUGUAGGUUUUAAAGUUUCGUUUGUGCUGACGAUCUGUAAAGUAUGCUGUACAUGAAAAACAUUUUAUAGCUGCCGAUUAUGGGUAAACCCUUUUGUAUGCAACUUUUAAUUAAUAAAAAGUCUUUUCCCAGAA